AUGUCUCCAACUCUACUCCCUUCUGGGCAUGGCGAUGAAGACGCCAACAACGCUGACUAUUUUGCCAGAGCCUUUGAAGGCCAGCAGCAACCCGAGGUGAAGGAGCAAGAUGCCACUCCCAAACCAUUUACCGACGCCUGGAGGUUUACUCCCUCCCUCAUGGAUCCUAAUUCUUAUGCCUUCUCUGCUUUUGCCAACCAACCUCCGGGAUACUAUACUCCCACCCCCGGUGGCUUUGGCACUCUCUACCACCCUCAAGCGGGCGACCUUCACACGCCCGGUAUGGGAAUGAACACUCCUCUAUCUCUCCCCCAUUCUAUCCACGGGCUCCACGCCCAGGAGCAGUUGAUGCACCUCCAGCACUUCAACCCCCAUCUUCUCCAUCAACCACAUCCCUUCCAGGAGCCGUUCCAUCCUCAGCAACCUCCUCUUCAUGUCCCGACCCAACAACCACAAACAUUCGCCCCGCAGCAGUUCCUGCAACAUCAGGACUCUGGAUAUGUGGCCAUGGAUGACACUCCCCACAAGACGACCCCGACACAGGCCGAAGUAGGUAUGGAGCAGCAAAGCAUGAAUCAACCAAUGCGACAGUCGAUGUCCGGGAGCGUUGCUUUGACGGGCCUACCGUUGGGGGAAAAGUCAGUAUCGACCAGCUUCGUUCAGGCACUCUCUAACCUCGAUGUCAGGUUUCGAUUUCACACGACAUUGAAUGCUCCGACAGCCAUGGUCCGGCACGCAGAUGAAAUUCCCAUCACGUACCUGAACAAAGGUCAAGCUUACACCAUGUCAAUCUGGGACACCACUCCUCCCAUCCCACACAACGCUCCUCUCCAGUAUCGUACUUAUGUCCGUGUUUCCUUUGAAGACGAACAGCAAAGAGCGCGACCUGGAGCCUGUUGGCAGCUCUGGAAGGAGGGCCGUGGGUCGAACGAAGCCCAUCAGCGAGGUGGCAGACUCCUGGCUGUGGAAUACGUUGACCAAAAUCCAGGCGGGGAUGACGUGUUGCGGAGACCUCAAAUCCAGCUCGAGAAAGCCUCGUUUGAUGGGUUCGCAGUGACUUGGUCCCCCAAUGCCGCCAACGGGGGCCCGGACUGCUCCCUAUCAUUACGCUUCAAUUUCUUGUCAACAGACUUUAGCCAUUCCAAAGGGGUCAAAGGCAUACCAGUUCGACUUUGUGCCAAAACCGAGCUGCUUACCGCGCAGACAUCCACCCACAACGAGCCUGAGGUGUGCUAUUCCAAGGUCAAACUUUUCCGUGACCAUGGUGCAGAACGUAAACUGUCAAAUGAUGUCGCACAUGUGAAGAAAACAAUCGACAAGCUCAAACAACAGAUUGCUCAAGCCGAAGCUGGUUUAGGAGGCGCCGGAAAAAGGAGGAGGAGCAGCUCAAUGGCAAAAGCCUCAGCGUCCAAGCCCGGAAAAGUAGUGAAACACAAGCGGACUUGGUCCGUUGACUCUGAAGCGGAGGGUGUCAAGUUUUCGGCCGAGGCGGAUCUCCAAAUGAAGCUGGCCAGCAUGCAAGACAUGUUCUCUUCGACAAGACCCGUCAGUAUUUUGUUUUUGCGCGGUGAGCCAGAAGAUGAUCCGGAUCUUCACCCAGUCAAGCUUCCCGGAGACGACCCUGAAGGCAAGGAAAUCGUGCGCACCACUACGUGGGAGUCGAGACAGAGUGCGUCCGACUCCCCUACUUCAAAUGCCGGCUCGCCGUCUUCGAGCUCCGCUUCGCAGAUCACCCCAAAGAGAAAAUUCUCCGACCUGCAACAAACUGCCAUUCUGGAGGAGGGAGAAAGCGAAAACGACAAUGACCACGCCGGAGGUGUCUCCGGAUCGAGACCGGUGAAAAUUACCAAGACGGAAGCGGAGUCUGUCGUUAGACCGGGCGUUUUUGCGGUUGAUGUGGACAGCAGCUAUCGGCCUCCUGUUGAAAGGCCCAUUCGUCCAGUUGCAUGCUUCUACGUGCGCCAAAAAGAUGCGGCGAAGGAAUACUACCGCGCUGUCUACUUGAUGCAACGGACCGUGAAGGACCUGAUCAACAACAUCGCAACGAAAUUCCAAAUCGACCCUCACAGAGUUACCCAGGUCACGCAUGUCAAUUCUCGCGGCCUUCACAUCAUAGUAGACGAGGAUGUCGUAAGAGAACUCCCGGAAGGUCAAGAUAUGAUUGUGGAGUUCACACCGCUCGAAACCGACCAACCGGUCAAUCAUGAAUUCAUCUCGCUCGCGGCUACGGAAGUGACGGUCGACAGCGAACUACCACCUACGGAGUCAUUCAUUUCGGAUCCGUUAGAGAUGUGGUUAAAUUAUUGA